AAGCCGUCUACUCCAAAUUUAGACCAGAGGCAGAACCUUUUUAAAAAGGCCAAGUGCAAAAGUUCGUCGCUUACCUUCCGCUUGUUGUCCUUUUCUGUUUUGCUUUUUUUUUGCUCGCGUACGUUGACAAGAUGGUCCAAUUCGAGGGAGAUGUCCAAGCUGCUUACGAGGAUGUGCGAAACGACAAGACGCCCACCAACUGGCUCUUGUUGAACUACCUCGACGACAAGUCAGAUGUCCUCAAGCUUGCUGCAACCGGUACGGGUGGCUUGCAGGAAUUCGUGUCCCAGCUCAAGGAGGACCAAGCGGCUUUUGGAUACCUUCGUAUUCUUGUUGGCAACGACGAGCUGUCGCAACGUGCCAAGUUUGUGUUGGUCAGCUGGUGUGGACAGCAAGUCAAGGUUAUGCGAAAGGCCAAGCUUUCCGUGCAUAUCUCGGACGUGAAGCAGGUGAUCAAGACGUUUGCGAUUGAGGUUGCAGCCUCUAGCAAGGAGGAUCUUCGUGACAACCAGGUUACACUCUUGCUCCGAAAGGCAAUGGGAGCAAACUACGACCGACAAACUUCCCAAUAUUAAGCCAGUUAGAUUUAGCGCACCAGCUCCAUGUCGGUAGUCGAAGUGUGUACUGGGGGAUAUCCCGACAUUGGGUGAUGCAAACGUUUGAAAUAAUUUAAUGACUUUUUGAUACGAUAAA